UAAGAAUAUUGUGAUGGUGAAAUCUCAUGGAAACUUAAAGAGUUUCACGGUACAUGUACAGCUUUAAUCUGUUCUAACCUGUGCACAACUACAUGAUAAUCAGAUUCAGCAAAAACACUACAUGAUAGUCAAAGUAAGCUGCCUGGUUGUUGCUUCAGUUGCUGCAUUUUCAUUUUCACAGAUAAACAUAGGAUCGUCCAUGAAGCAGAACACUGUAAUUGAACUUUCAGAAGCCCAUGAAUCGGACCUCAAACAGCAACAGAUUGAAGAAAAGGAGGAAGAGAAACUUGAAUAUUCCAUGGAUGAAGAGGAGGAAGAGAAUAAAAUGGUCAUAAAUAAAAUGAAACAAAACUUGAAGGCAAGGAAAAGAGGAUCUGGGGAUUUUAAGCUUCUGAUACCUGACAAGGAAUUGAGCAUUGUGAUUGAGAAAGGGCUGUUACAGAGUCUAGAGAAGGAACUGGAGCAAAGGAAAGCGAUCCUUGAAAGGAAACUGUUUGAAUAUUAUGGUCUUAAAGAAUGGCAAUCAUACAUUGGCCAGUUGCAAAGGCAAUUAGAGGACAAAAACGCGGAGAUUAACAUGCGAAAGAUGGCUGUUGAUUCAUUGCAGGAUGAGAGAAAGAAGCUUCAUGAAGAAAUCAAACAGGGUUUAGUGGCAGAGAAGCAGCUAGAAAUGGCAAAGAAGAUGUUAAAGGGGUUGCAAGAGAAGAUGGAUGCCAGUGCAAGCAAUGUAAAGGGAAGGUUGAUUGUGCUCCAAGAGCAAGUUUCCGACUUUCAAAGUGGUGAAAUCUCUUUUAGAGAUACCAUUGUUGAGAAGGAGCUUGAAGAUGUUAAAGAUGUUGAGCUAGAAAUUGCAGAAAUGCAGAGGAGGAAAAGAGAGCUUGAGUUAGAAAAGAGGGAAUCAGCAGUUAAGUUGAUUGCUGCUAAGAAAGAAUAGCAGCUCUUUCCAACAUGAAAGAGAGUAAGAUAAUGGCCGGAGUCAAAGAGGAAGUAAUUACUUUAAGACAUGCCAAUAAAGAACUUCAAGAACGAGUCGAAAGAUUGCAGAGUCACAGAUUUGAUAUGGUUGAAGAACUUGUGUAUCAACGCUGGAUCCGCAAUUGCUUAAGGCUUGAAAUUCAAAAUCAAGAAAAGCAAUUGGUAAAGACCUCAAAAUGUGAUUCCAGAAAGGAUUCAAGCAAAAAAUCUCAGGAGAAAACUAAACCUGUAAUGUCUGAUCCUGGAUUUGGCAGCAUUUUUUCCAGCUCCUCAACUGAAAGUGAUGAAAUGGUCAGUACCACAAUUGAUAGCUCUUCAAGUAGCCAAAGAAGCUGUGCUAAGAGACUCGGUGUAAUUCAAAACAUCAAGAGGUGGGGAAGAAGCAAGGAUGAUUCAAGCACAGUUCUAUCGCAUCCCCAGGCUUGGUCCUCCAGAGGGAAUUCUUUGAGCUCUGGCCUAUUUCGCAGGUUUUCUUUGUCAAUAAUUCCAUCAAAUACACCAAUGCGAAAGACAAAAGGUAUCACACCAGUCAGCAGCUUAUCUGAGAAAAUAGAAGUGCAUGACUCAAAUAAAUCACUCGAGAGACCAACUUUUCAGCGUGCAAGGAGAGUUUCAUUUAAUGAUUCUGUUAAAUCAGUGGAAUCAACAUAUCGAAGUACACCAAAAUCAGUUGAAGGAAUGUUAGAUGAAAAGGAAAUUAGUGCUGCAAGGUUUGGCCACAGCUCAAAUAUGAACUCAGGCCCCAUUUGUAGCAAUAAAAUUGAGGGGGUGAAACAUGAGCCUUCAUCAGCAACCCUUACAAUUGUCAAGGAUGGCCAUUCAAGUGGUGCAACUGAAGAACUUAAUAACAAUGAUAGCAUCAAUUUGCACGUAGGAAGGACUGAAAUUGUUCCUGGAGACAAGCUGCGUUCAAUGAUGUCCGAAGUGCUUCCUCUUGAUAACCGAGAUAGGAGCCAUGCACUAGUAAAUAUUGUUGCUGCUCUCUUCUUUAUCUUUGUGCUAUUUCGAUUAUCUUUCUGCUAGAAAAUACUCAGCUUAACUUUUUUUGUUUAAUCAAGUACCUGUUAACUUGUGUGGCACUAAAACAAAUCCAUUUUAUGAUGUCAUGCAAAGUUUAUACUUUAUAGUAACAGAUUUGCGAAAGAAAGGGUUCUGUAAAGUUCACUUUCGAACUUAAAUUUUUUCA